AGCUGUGCCCGUGUGUGCUCAACGGAAGGGUCCGGACGGAAACGUGGCCAAUGCGGCAAAAGAACCGGAGACAACUUAGUUCCUGCGCAGAUGCUGGGGCUAUAAGGCGCCAGGACGACGGUCGGCCGUUUGCGGCUCGCAGUUCGCAGGACGCCGGUGCUCACCUUCUUUCCGCUGCCGCCAUGAUUCCGAUGUCGCUGGUGGUCUUAGUGGUGGGUGGCUGGACUGCCGUCUACCUGGCCGAUUUGGUGCUGAAGUCAUCCGUCUAUUUUAAGCAUUCUUACGAAGACUGGCUGGAAAACAAUGGAUUGAGCAUCUCCCCUUUCCACAUAAGAUGGCAAACUGCAGUUUUCAAUCGUGCCUUUUAUACUUGGGGGCGACGGAAAGCCAGGAUGCUUUACCAGUGGUUCAAUUUUGGAAUGGUGUUUGGCGUAAUUGCCAUGUUUAGCUCUUUUUUUCUUCUUGGAAAAACGCUGAUACAGACUUUGGCACAGAUGAUGGCUGAUUCUCCUUCUUAUUCUUCCUCCUCUUCCUCCUCUUCCUCUUCUUCCUCCUCCUCAUCCUCUUCUUCAUCGUCUUCCUCUUCCUCCUCUCUUCACAACGAGCAGGUGCUGCAAGUUGUGGUUCCUGGUAUAAAUUUACCUGUCAAUCAACUGACCUAUUUCUUCGCCGCAGUCCUCAUUAGUGGUGUUGUACAUGAAAUUGGACAUGGAAUAGCAGCUAUUAGGGAACAAGUUCGAUUUAAUGGCUUUGGGAUUUUUCUCUUCAUUAUAUAUCCUGGAGCAUUUGUUGAUCUGUUCACCACCCAUUUACAACUUAUAUCACCAGUCCAGCAGCUAAGGAUAUUUUGUGCAGGUAUCUGGCACAAUUUUGUCCUUGCUCUCUUGGGUGUUUUAGCUCUUGUUCUCCUCCCAGUAAUUCUCUUACCAUUUUACUACACUGGAGUUGGGGUACUUAUCACUGAAGUUGCUGAGGACUCACCUGCCAUUGGACCCAGAGGCCUUUUUGUGGGAGACCUUGUCACUCAUCUACAGGACUGUCCCGUUACUAAUGUACAGGAUUGGAAUGAAUGUCUAGAGACCAUUGCCUAUGAGCCCCAGAUUGGCUACUGUAUAAGUGCAUCAACUUUACAGCAGUUAAGCUUCCCUGUUAGAGCAUACAAACGACUAGAUGGUUCCACCGAAUGCUGCAGUAAUCACAGCCUCACAGAUGUGUGCUUUUCCUACAGAAAUAAUUUUAAUAAGCGUUUGCAUACAUGUCUACCUGCCCGGAAAGCAGUUGAAGCCACUCAAGUUUGUAGAACCAAUAAAGAUUGUAAAAAAAGCUCAAGUUCAAGUUUUUGUAUAAUACCUUCUUUGGAAACUCACACUCGCUUAAUAAAAGUGAAACACCCACCUCAAAUUGAUAUGUUGUAUGUAGGUCAUCCACUGCAUCUUCACUACACAGUGAGCAUCACCAGUUUUAUCCCACGUUUCAACUUUCUCAGCAUCGAUCUCCCAGUGAUUGUGGAGACAUUUGUCAAGUAUCUAAUUUCCCUCUCCGGAGCACUAGCUAUUGUUAAUGCAGUGCCCUGCUUUGCUUUGGAUGGUCAGUGGAUAUUAAACUCAUUCCUGGAUGCUACCCUUACGUCAGUGAUUGGAGAUAAUGAUGUCAAAGAUCUGAUAGGAUUCUUCAUCUUGCUUGGUGGCAGCAUACUUUUAGCUGCCAAUGUGACCCUGGGACUCUGGAUGGUUACAGCACGGUAAUAUUUGUACUCAUCUGACAGAAUGUCUGAGUUAUUUGGUAAUAUCCUUUGACAGAAAUCCUUACUUGGUAUGAAAGAUAAAGUGUUUCCUUAAAAUUACAUUUUGACCAACAUCUUUGAGCUCCUCUUAGAUCCAAAGUACCCAAGCUGUGCAGUGGUGGUGAGCAGAAAAAAUGAAAGGCACAGUAACUUACCACAUUCUAGUUUUAAAAAUUGAAUGUACACACUCAAAUAUCUGUGGAACAAUUUCUAAAGUGCAAAUUUAUGUAAUACCGUUUUGUGAAACUUCAUGUAGUGCUUAAAUAGUAUAAAGGAAAACAGAACUGAGUGGAGACAAUUAGGAAAAACUUAGCGUCAUGAGUCAAUGUUUAAAGGCGACCAGACUUUAUCUAAGCAGAAGAGUGAGUGUAUUCUUAGCCUCUAGCUAUUGUCCUUUGUCUUGUUUGAAAAGCAUUUUAAAAGUUAAUGAUGUGUUAUUUUAUACUUUGAAAACUGAGGUCUGAUUACAAUUAAAUUAAUAAAAUUCUAUAAAAGAAUCUGCUGACAUCAAAGGGGAAGCUUUUGUCAAGUGAUACCAAGGAAAUGAAGUUGGAGUAGGGCCUCUGAUGUCAUGAGCUAGCUGUUGCCCCACAAUUGCUGCCUAGUUGAUGAUGUGUCUUUGUACCCUCAUGAAGCAGUAUUAGCCUUUUUACUCAGCUGCAGGAAGUGUCUCACACCAGCAGCUUGUGAGCUGAGAAGUCAACGUUAAACCUCAGAAAUAAGCCAGGGCCUCUGACAGAUCACACAGUACGCAGCACAGGCUCUUCAACUGACCUGGUUACUGUUCUCUCUAGAGCUUUGAAGCUUAUAGCACCUCCAGGGUAGACAUUUUCUCUUUGGCUGCUGAGGCCAUCGAGGCCUAUCUUUAAGAAGCAAUGACCUUAAACUUUGAGCCAUACUCUGUCCUUCCCAGCGGGCUUCCGUGCUUCUCUGUGCUGGAUGAUUAACAUCUAGUCCUUGCCUUCCAGCCUUCUUUAAGCUACCUCUGCAGGUCCACACAAGACCUGGUAGUACAGUGACAAUGGCUAUACAUGAGAGGGUACAAAAAUGAAUUUGCCAGAGCCUAGGAAUGGUCUCUUGAAUCUGAAAAGGCCAUACCUGGUUUCAGUAUCUUAGGGAAUAGAGAUACAACCCUGGGAAAUUUGGGGAGCCAACUGGCCAGUGAAACUGUUAGUCUUAGAGAUACAUGAGCAUGCUGGGUGUGUGUGUGUGUGUGUGUGUGUGUGUGUGUGUGUGUGUGUGUGUGUGUGUGUGUGUGUG